UGCUGUUGUUGACGAUUAUCCAUCCAUCAUCCAUGUAGGUAGUACUAGUAGUACUAGUCUAGUAGUAGUGGAUCUCACAAAUCUACCGCUCUUACCCUCCCUCCAUUAGAUAGAUACAAGAGAGAGAUUAUCAGCAAUUAUCAGAUUACAGAGAGAGAGUGAGAGAGUGAGAGAGAGAGUGAGAAAUCAAACACAAACAAAAACCAAAACAAAAACAAAAACAAAAACAUACUCACUCACUCACUGAGAGUGUUGUUGUGUUGUUCUGCCAUUAUCUCCGCCGUCACCGUCGCCGGAGAAGAAUGGGUUCUUUUGAAGCCACCAAUGUGGUCCUCUCAAGAAUCAAAAACAUUGAACCUGAAAACGCUUCCAAAAUCAUGGGUUAUCUCCUCAUGAACCUUGAAGACUCUGAACUCUUGCGUUUAGCUUGUAGCCCUGACCCUGUUUUGCACACCAUCAUUCCCAGGGUUAAGACCCACCUCGGUUUAACCUUAACCCCUUCCUCUCCCUCCACCGCCGCAAGACCCAUUUCUACCACCAACAACAACCCAUUCAACCCGUUUUCAAAGGUUUCCCCUAGAAUCCCCACCCCCACCAAUGGCUUUGACUUCUCCAGAAACCCGUUUUCACUCUCUGGGUUACCCAAAAACCACCCCAUUAGUCCAACUUCGAGUUCUCUACUCUCCUAUGAGAACAUCCGUGCUGCUUCUUCGUUUCAACCCCGUGUCAACAACGGUGAUGUUGAUCUUGUUGAUGAGCAGCAAGUGAAUGAGUUCUUCCCGUUUCUCAAUGAACCCUCUAACAACGAUGAUGCGUUCGAUCCACAUCUUGAACCGGGUAUUGGGGGGCCCAAUUGGCAUUCUGUCAACAAUGGUGAUGCUCAUUUUCACAGAAGGAGCUUCUCUGCUAGUGAUGCUUGUUUUGGGUGUGAGGAAGGUGGUGGCGGCGGUGGUUCAGGAAUUGGUUUUAAGCCAUGCCUUUACUUUGCAAGAGGGUUCUGUAAAAAUGGCUCCAAUUGCAAGUUCGUUCAUGUUGCUUUGCCUGAUACACCAGAUGCUAGUGCCAUUGUUGGUUCCCCGGGAGAGCUGAUGAGGCGUGAGGAGCUUUUGAGGUUCAAGGUUGCUCAGCAUCAAAGAUUGUUGGCUGCAUCGCAGUUAGUGGCUGGAACUUCACCAUCCUCACAUGACAAGUACAUUGAUUUUUUGAUGCAGCAGCAAAAUGAUCCCCAAAGAGUGGCUGCUGCUGCAUCAGCUUUCAAUAUGGGCGAGGAAUUUUGUAACUUUAGCCGGGGAAGGAUGGAAAGGAAUGACUUUCUAGCAAUGUUUUCGGGGGAAAAGACCAAUUCCGCGUCGCGACAGAUUUAUUUGACAUUUCCCGCUGAAAGCACAUUCAAAGAUGAGGAUGUUUCUGAGUACUUCAGCAAAUUUGGACCUGUACAAGAUGUGAGAAUUCCUUACCAGCAAAAGCGUAUGUUUGGGUUUGUUACCUUCGUCUAUCCAGAGACAGUUAGGCUGAUUUUAUCCAAAGGGAAUCCUCAUUUUAUCUGUGAUUCUCGUGUACUUGUCAAACCCUACAAGGAGAAGGGAAAAGUUCCUGAUAAAAGACAACAGCAUCAACAACAGCAAUUAGAGAGGGGAGAUUUUUUUCCUCUAAGUCCCUCUGCGUUUGACUCGAAAGAGCCUUAUGAUUUCCAUCUUGGACAAAGAGUGUUAUAUAAUCCACAUGAUAUCUUAUUGAGGCGAAAAUAUGAGGAGGAGGCUGAAUUGCAGCAAGCGCUUGAAUUCCAAGAAAGAAGGAUGAAGAGUCUGCAGCUUUCAGACUUGAAGAAUAAUCCCAUUCACCAUCAACGCAGCUUCUCCGUUGGUGCUCCGUUUGCCUUUCCCCAUCCACUUUCUAGUCAUGUUAUCAGUGCAGGCCUUUCUUCUGAUAUAGGAGAUAUUACAGGAUACAGUGGCGGCCUCACUUCUACCAAUUCUUUAGAAACUGCUUCUGAGCAGCAGCAGCCACAAAAAGAAGUUGAUCCAGCUUGCAUUGAUGAUACUGAGGGUGAGAAUAUCAAGGAUAGUCUGAAUGCAGAAGUCACAGAUCUCAGUAAGAGUGUGGAGCAGGCCCUUCCUGAUAGUCUCUUUGCUUCACCAACAAAAGCAGCUGGAGAUUAUAUGUCUGACUUCUCUACAUUGACAGAGGUCAAGGAGAGUGCUGAAUUUUCUACUAGCUCAUCUACUCGUAACAAUUUAGAAUCAACAACCGCUUCUAGUGAUGUGGCUUCCUGUUAGUUUCCCUUACAAUUCAAGGUUCCAUUCUGCAUAUCAAGAUUUUGGGUUGUAGGUAAAAAGAAUAGAAGUGGCAACAGGGGGAAUCAUUUACAUUAGGGUUUAUAGAAGAAGCAUAUAGAAGAAAAAAGAUCUUCCAGAUGUAUAGCCAAAUACAACUAGGUUGAAGGAGUAUAGAUGCUAGAGAAGAAUCAAAUGAGGUCACCACCACCAUCAUCAAUACAUACUACUAACAGCAAGCUAUACAUAAUGCAUACAUGGACAGACAUUAGUUUUAUAAGAGUAGUUUCCUUUUCCUCCUUUCCUUUAAUUGUUUUACUCCUUCACCUGAAUUAUCUAUAGGUGUGUUUCACCUAACUAGGCAGAACCAAAUAUUGUUGUUUUACUUUAUUUUAAUACAUACAACCUUUCCAACUAUCAUUAUUGCUAUUUUCUGGUGCU